AUGGCACCUUAUGAAGCUUUGUAUGGGCGAAAAUGUAGGUUCCCCAUUGGAUGGUUCAAGGUAGGUGAUUCAGGGUUGAUUGGACCCGACUUAGUGCAGCAGACAGUGGAGCAGGGUGUUAUGAUAUUUGGAAAAGAAGGCAAGCUUAGUCCAAGAUUUAUUGAGCCAUAUGAGAUCCUUCGGAGGGUAGGACAAGUGGCUUAUGAGUUAGAAUUGCCUUUUGGGCUAGAAUCUAUUCAUCCAUUUUUCCAUGUAUUGAUGCUACGAAAGUGCGUAGGAGACCCUUAUCGGGUUGUCCCUGUUGAGGAUAUUCAGAUCAUAGAGGAUUUGUCCAACGAGGAAACUCCAGCUGCCAUAUUUGAUCAACUGGUUCUGGAUUGUCACAUUCACAAAGGUUACGUUGUCAAAACUUUGGCAACUCCUAAGGACAUAACUGUGUGA